AUGUUUGUCCAGCAAUGUUACUGUUGGUGUGUGACCAGUUCUGGACAGAAGAUCCCGGGUACUGAGACUCCACCAGGCAUUGCUCCAAUCAUAUGUUCCACCCAGAAUGGUACGAUACAACCCAAGACCCCAUGUGAGGAUGCUAGAGAUGCCGGGCCACAUGGCCAAGUUGGAGCCUACAUCCCCACGGGUGACGCCGCUGGACGAUACACCCCUGAGCAAUGUUGGGGCUCUACAGGUUACUGUUGGUAUGUGAACAGUUCUGGACAGAAGAUCCAGGGUACUGAGACUCCAACAGGCACUGCUAUCAACUGUUCUGCCAAGAUGAAAGGCGUUGGAAGUAAGAUGUAG